UUCCGCGGAAUGCCGAGGUUAUUGCCCGCAGCCGUAGACGUUGUGCUGGUCGCAACUCUACUGGCCGGCCUCAGGCGGUCCGGCGACUUUGGUGAGUACUGUCAAUUUACCGGACUGCGCUGGACAACUGCAAGGGAGGACUAGGGAGAAUUAUGGCUUUGCGUCAAAGCGCUUUCUAUCCGGAAAAGAGGGAGAGGAGCCCAGAAAGCUCAUUGUUGCGGUCAUGGCCGAUGUUCACUGUCUUACAUCCGGUCUGCUGCACUUUUGUAGAACUAGCGACAGACACCGUCCGGUCACCGUUCCUCCGCUGGCUCCUCUUUCAAUUUUUCUUUCUCGGUGAACGUUUCCUCGACCUCCUCAUUGUCCUUGCGAAAAAGUAUCCGAUGGUAUUCAGACCUAGACUUGGCCAUUUUCUUGCAAAUCAAGGGACGAACCGCGUGGAGGGCGGAAGGAUGGACGGUCGCGGCGAUACACAGGAUCCAGGAAGAGCGGCGAUUGCGGGCAAUGAGGGCGAGCGAACGUCAGUGGUGGAAAUGAGAGCUGUGCCAGCACCCGCAGCCCCUCCUCCUCCACCGCCACUCCCACCAGCGCCGGUUGCUACAUCUCUCACGCGGACGGCGCACAAUGUGGAUCAACCCACCACACCCUACAAAUACCCACCAUCGCAGCUCGCAAAUGCUCCUGCGCCUCGAUAUGCUCCAACAACGGUCAUCAAAGCCUGGGACGACGGCGGUGACGACGAACGACAGGCGAGGUACGCCUGUUCCGAUGACGACGACGGCGAACUGCUGGACGGAUCGCCAAGAGUACCCCAGUCCUUGCCGGCGCAGCAACACCAGUACAUUGCACUCGCCACGCAAGACGCUAACUCAGUUUACUAUCACCACCCACCCCAGCACGGCAGCACAUACAAAACUACCCCCGCGCCGACGCCAUACACUACCACCACUACUACUCCACACCACCGCACGCAACAGCACCACUACGCGGCGGCAGGGGGCCUCGCGAGAUCGAGUCCGCAGACUCAAUAUUACAUCCGCACCACGGCGCCGGCGCCAGUGCCACGACCGCCGCACCAUCACCAGGAAUACGCGCAGAUGGUUGAGAUUGAUGUGGAGGAUGGGGAGGUCCCGGUUGAGCGCGUGUCCGCUGGGCGAAAAGCGUAUCGCAGUGGGAUGAGCAGUGGUGGGUACGAUGGGAAGGUGGUGCGGUACUUGCAGCGACGCAUCGGGAGCAGGACCGAGGGAUAAACUGUAAUGACAUGAAAACGAACGGGGUGGGGCAGAAUAGAAUACGUGAGAAGCAGAAGCAGAUGGACGGCAGACAUGCGCGAGUCUUUUUUCUGGUUCAAUUCCUGCAUGUCGUAGCAGUGAUUUGAACGGUAGUUACACUCUGUUUUGGAUGAUAAUGCAUUGGCUUCCCUAUCAACUCGUACCACUGGACAAAU